AUGGGUAAGCAUAUAGUUUACGAAGAAUCACCCAAUGAACCAGGCAAGCGGAGCAGGUUGUGGCAUCAUAAAGAUGUGUGCGAUGUUCUAAUUAAUUGCAAAGGAACAAAGAAAAUUAGAGGCAUUGUUGUGAAUCUGCCCGAACCAGAUGAGAUACCCUUGAAUCCAAAAAGCUUCUUGGAGAUGAAUUUGGCAAAGCUUACAUGGAUGAAAUUAAGUAAUUGCGAAUUCUUGGAAAAAAUCCCUGACUUAUCCGGAAGCCCAAACAUAAAGUUCUUGGAUCUAGGUUGGUGUAAAAAUUUGGUCGAGGUUGAUGAUUCUGUUGGAUUCCUCGAUAAACUUGAAGUGUUGUCUCUUAUUGGGUGCUCUAAGCUUACGAGUGGCAUAAGAGAAUUGCCCUCAUCAAUUGCGUAUCUUACUGGGCUUAGGGUGUUGCUUGCACAUUAUUCUAAGUUGCAAAAUGUCCCCGACUUAUCCGGAAGCCCAAACAUAGAGUACUUGUGUCUAACAAACUGCACAAGUUUGGUCAAACUUGAUGAUUCAGUUGAGUUGCAAAGGGUGAAGUUUGAUGAAGUUUCAUCCAAGCUGACUCUUAAUCUUUCAGAAUGCAAUUUAUCAGAAAGUGAUUUCCUUGUGCCUCUUUAUUGCUGGUCCGAAUUAAGAGAACUUAAUCUGUCGAGAAACAAUUUUGUUAGCCUUUCGGAUUGUAUUAGCAAAGCUGUCAACUUGAAGACACUUUACUUGUGCGAUUGCAAGAGGCUUCGAGAAAUUCCAGUCCUUCCACCAAAACUAGAAUUUUUAAAUCUGAAUGGUUGCACAUCAUUGGAGAAAAUUCCAAAACUGCCCCUGACGCUUGAGAAGCUUAUAUUGUGUAACUGCUCUGGAUUAAGUGGUGAUGAGGUGGCAAAGUUGGAAAACAACUUGUUGAAUGAGGAAUUUGAUCCGCCCACUCGAUUGAACAUUAUUUACCCAGGCAAUGAAAUUCCAAAGUGGUUCAGCUAUACCUCUAACUAUUCCACAACCAGUCAACAUCUACCAGAAUAUGAAUCUGACAAGGAAUUUCGUUUUGAAAUUCCUCUAAAAUUACAAGUGGGGGAGACGUUAUUAGGAUUGGCUCUAUCUUUUGUUUAUGAACCACCGACUUGUAAAAAGUGGGAAAAUGAUCUUAUUACGUGUAUUAUCAUCGACGGAGAAAGAAGGUUUGAACAUUAUUUAGAGUAUUCUGCGGACAUAAAUGCAACUCAUGUGAGCCUUGCGUUAACGGCGUUAAGGGGUUUACGGGAGCAGGAGCAGCAUGGAGAUAUUUGUCAAGUUGUAUUUCGUUUCUACCAACUGUCUCCCGUUAAAAGCUGCGGCGUGCACUGCCUAUUGCGCAACCAAGACAGUGGAUCCUCAUCUUCGGAGGAUGGGGACAGUGGAUCCUCACCUUCGGAGGAUGAGGAGGAUGAGGAGCAAGAGCAAGAGCAACCGUCCGACUCAGAUGUUCUUUUUGAUAUUGAGGAGGAUGAGGAGCAGCUUCACUUGCCUCUGAGACCAACGAGCAGUCUUGGGAAGAGGCCUCGUCCACGUGGAUCCUCAGAUAUCGUCGAUGAUGCAUAUGAUCAGCAACAGCAAUGGCUUUCCUCAUCUUCGGAGCCAGCAGAUGAUCAUCCAAAACGCAGGCAGAUUGAUCCCAAUGUUCCUUUUGAUAUUGAGGAGGAUGAGGAGCAAGAGUAG